UUCUACUCCACUAUCUUUGUCUACUUCUCUAUUUAUUAAGCUUGAAUUAUCAUUCUACAUUGGUGUAGGUAGAUAUGUUAUCUUCCCUUUGUCGCCUCAUUUCCAAUUUUCCAUUAACAAUUGCCAUAUGGCAGGUGUCCUCCACCCGUUUGAUUAUAUUCCUCUUAGAAUUUCUACAUACUUCCAAGCAAAGAUCACCAUGCUCUUGUGUUAAAAUCUUGAUACUUUUAAGCCACCUAUGAUGAAUGAUUAUGUGCAUCAAUUUCUCAAUCAUGGUACUAAUCCAAAAUUGAAUGAAUGAGCUGCCACUAGAGACCUUAAUCAGCAUUUCAGGAGGGUUUAGCGCUUAAGCAAUUGAAUUUAGUCCUAAACAAGUGCUUUCCCAUCAACAUUACCACAUUCAUUAACCCUUCUUAUCCAUUACAAUCAUGUUUAUGGUGACCCAAUUGAUGAAAGCUUAAACAAAGAUGUGUUUUUUGUCUUUUAUAUGUUGUUAAUUAAUUCUCUUUUGGCAAAAAAAAUCAUUAAGUGGGGUUGGUUUUAAUUAUCAUGGCUCCAGCAAAAUUUGAUCUUUCAUCUGAAGAGAUGAAAUUGUUAUAUGUGCAUGUCAUGUUAUUCUUCAACUUCUUGAAAUUAGAUGAAAAAGGGGAUAAAAUAUUUAAUUGCAUUUGUUAUACAUGCAAAGGUUGAUGAUUGGAGAAGGAGGGAAAGAUGGGGUGGAUUAGCCGGCUGAGUCGGCCUUGCAAAAUUGCUAUCGGUAGUUUGCUUCAAAAGAGGGAAAACCCCCUCUCUUUGCGGUCAAUUUCUUGUAAGAAUGGACUCUUUCUUUAUCUCUCUGUCUCUCUCAUUCAGGAGUAGGAGAAAUUAUUAAUUUUUUUGGUCUGUCUCUCUCCUAAGCAUACUAAACCCUUAACAACUCCUCAUUAUAUUACUCCAUAAAACCCCUUCCAUUUGUAGUAUUACUCUAGAUAUCUUCUUUUGGGGCAGCCAUUUGUUGCAGUAGAGAAACAGCCUGCGAAAAGACCAAGUCAAAGAAACAUGCCUGGUUUCGAAGUGUUUGGCAGUGAAGAUGUUUCCUUUCUUUCUCAUACGGACCCUGUUGUGUUAGAGCUUAACAGGUUGCAGAAUCAGCUCAAAGAGAAGGAGAGGGAACUGGGAAAAGCUCAAAGUGAAAUUCGAGCACUGAGAGCAACUGAAGCACUGAAGGAUAAGGCUUUGGAGGAGUUUGGAUGUGAAGUCAGAAGGUUGGAAGAGAAGCUAAGAUUGAAUGGUAACCAUCUAGAACAGAAGAAUCUUGACAUCAAGAAGCUCACAAAUGAAAAGAAGGAAGCGCUGGCUGCACAAUAUGCAGCUGAAGCCACUCUUAGAAGAGUUUACGCCAAUCAAAAAGACGAUGAUUCUAUUCCCAUUGAGUUGGUCAUUGCUCCUCUCGAGGCUGAACUGAAGAUGUAUAAGAAUGAGGUUGCAGCAUUACAAGAGGAUAAGAGGGCAAUUGAACGUCUUACAAAAUCCAAAGAAGCAGCUUUGCUUGAAGCUGAGAAAAUACUGAGAAGUGCCCUAGAAAGAGCAUUGAUUGUCGAGGAGGUUCAAAACCAAAAUUUUGAGCUUAGGAGGCAUAUUGAGAUAUGCCAGGAGGAGAAUAAAAUACUUGAUAAGACAAACAGAUGCAAGGUUUUAGAGGUUGAAAAGCUUAGCCAAACCAUCAAGGAGCUCGAGGAGGCCAUACUUGCUGGUGGAGCGGCAGCCAACACUAUUCGUGAUUACAAGAGACGGAUAUCUGAACUUAAUGAUGAGAAGAGGACUCUAGAAAGAGAGCUGGCAAGAAUAAAGGUUUCAGCGAACCGAGGAGCAACAGUGGUGGCUAAUGAUUGGAAAGAUGAGAACAACAAAGUUAUGCCCGUUAAACAAUGGCUAGAAGAGAGAAGGCUUCUGCAGGCAGAGAUGCAGAAGUUAAAAGACAAAUUAGCAAUCUCAGAGAGAGCUGUCAAGGCGGAGGCGCAAGUCAAGGAGAAGUUGAAGUUGAGGCUGAAGACUCUUGAAGAAGGCUUAAAGAAUGCAUCUUUGUUCUCUAUCGAUACUAACGGAUCCCCCAAGUAUGCGAAGUCUAGCAAUUUCUUUGGAAUCCUAUCCAGUAAUACCAGAACAAAGAAGAGAUCUACCUCACAACCGAGGGGAUCCACCAUCACUAAAAGCGCAAUACAAAUGCUGGAUGAAAAGCAGACAACGGUUAAUUCAGAAAUGAAGCCUGUCAAUAGCUUGAAGAUGAAAAAUCCCACAUCUGAAAGUUUGGUGAAGAAGAGCCUGUGGGCUUCCCGAAACAAGGUUAUUGACAAUAGUGGAAAGGAAAAUGCAGAGACGAACAAGAUCGCCAUGUCCUAUGACAAAAUACAGAAAAAAGAUGAAGUUACAGAAAUGGAAAACAGAACAGGUGUAACUGGUAGCAACAAAGAGAUGAAAGGUUCGGAGAUAGGUAGUAUAGAUGAUGAAGAUGUGGUAUCAGGAAUUUUGUACGACAGGCUUCAGAAAGAAGUUAUAUACUUGAGGAAGUCCUCUGACAUAAAAGACAUGACUCUGCAUUCUAAAGACGAAGAAAUCAAGUUGCUUAUGAAAAAGGUCGAAACACUGGCUAGAGCCAUCGAAGUGGAGUCCAAGAAAACGAAGAGAGAAGCGGCAAUGAGAGAGAAGGAUUCAGCAUUAGCUAAGCUGGAUGAGAAGAUGAGGAGCACAAACUCAUCCAAAAGGUCUGUGAAUGCUUCUUGAAUGUACAUUGCUGGGAAUGAGGAAAUCUCUAGAACGAUACACAGCGUUCGAUGAUUUGUGAUGUAAAUAGGCAGGGAUUCGUUUGCAUGAAUGCUAGAUAGCAGAAACAAUAUUAGAGCUGUGAAAUAGUGACUGCUUAGCUACUAGCUUGCUUCAUGAGUUGUAGAGUGCAUUCUUACCAUAUUUAUCCGAUUUUUCUGUAUAUGUCUGUGCAGAACCAUUUUCCCGAGCAGAUUAUUCAGUAAAUUAUUCGUUUAUUUGUA